AUAAAGGGUCCAAUGAGAAGCUGUCUGUAUCAACCAGCAGGUUAAGGUAUAUAACUGAUUCAACCUCUUUAGGACAUCUCACAAAGACAGCACAUCUUAGCCACAGCCUAUCGCACUAAACGACUUAAAGGGAGGGAGCAAGAUGAAACUAGGGCACUGUUAUCUGGCCCCUUUUUCCAUCCAGAAGCAGAGAUCUGUGGAUAACAAGCUGCAGUGAGGAAUCUGUGGGUUGCCGUUUUGAGUUUUGGAGUAAGACCAUAAAUCCACAGCAGAAAAAUAAAGGGGAAAAGUACACUGCCUGCCUGCGACUUGCUGAGAGUACCUGCUGCCAAAACAUGCUGAAGGACAAGAAGACCAAGGUGAAGCUCACCUUCUUGGUUAUUAUUGUGGGCAUCUCUUCCAUGCUUGCAGCUGUGGUGACAGAUCACUGGGCAGUGCUGAGCCCCAGAGUAGAAAAACUUAACACCACCUGUGAGGCAGCCCACUUUGGGCUUUGGAGGCUCUGCAAGAAGAGCAUCUUCAUUGUGAUGGAAGACCCUCAGGGCAAAGGCUGUGGUCCCAUCAGCCUGCCUGGAGUCGAGAACUGCUCCUACUUCAAACACUUUACAUCAGGGGAGGAGGCUGAAGUUUUUGAAGUCAAGACUCAAAAAGAAUACAACAUCACUGCUGCUGCCAUAGCCAUCUUCAGCUUGGCCUUCAUGACUCUGGGCAGUCUGUGUCUCCUAGGGGCUUUUGGAAAGAGCAGAGACUACCUACUAAGACCAGCUGGCAUGUUCUUCGCCUUUGCAGGUCUUUGCAUAGUCAUUUCUGUGGAGGUCAUGAGACAGUCUGUCAAACGCAUGAUCGACAGCGAUGAAACCAUCUGGAUCGAGUACCACUACUCGUGGUCUUUUGCAUGCGCCUGCGCUGCCUUCGUCCUCUUGUUAUUCAGUGGGAUCAGCCUGCUGAUCAUCUCAAUGCCUCAAAUGCCACGGAACCCAUGGGAGACCUGCAUGGAUGCUGACCCUGAGACUAUGGACUAGCAGAGCGCCUUUACCAGGCAAAUCAGGGUUUGGCACACAGUAAGAAUGCAUGAUAAACGAAUGAAAGGUGUUGCUAGAAAGUUUUAUAUUGACUAUAAUUGUUGGAAACAAUGCAUUCAUGCUUAGAAAUGGUUAAGUCUGCUGUUUUAGACAACAAAGUCAGAGUUAGACAUUUCAUCCAUUGUCAAAAUUUCCAUUUGCUUUUCGGUUUAUUUGAAUUAGGGGCUUCGUAAUUUUUAAAUAUUCUUUAAGGUUCACUAUGUUAUGCGAAGUGGAACUAAUGAUGUACGUAUACAUUCUGCAUUACCCAUAUAGCCCAGUUCUCUGGGUAUUCCUUUAAAUAAUUUGAUGUUUAGGCAAAGGUUUAUAAUUUAAGAUAAUUAAGGUUGCUCUUUAUUAUGAAACCAUUUUUGAUUAAUACAUAAUGAAGAGCGACAACAAUCUACUGCAGAAAUUAAUCCGAGUAAUAAAACAACUCAAGAACAUCUGAGAUCUUGAGAUGUUUAAAACCUUUCAGGAAUAAUCCAGUUUGUGGCUGUAUGGAAACUGGAAACAUGCUUUUUAACCAGAACAAAUUAUAGCCAUUUUUUUAUACAAAUAUUUUUUGGAAACAAUAUGUACACUGUAUGUGGGUGCCUGUUCAUUACAGUCAUAUGUGGGCUUUCACCAAACAGCUGCUGCAAUGUAAAGCACAGAAAUGUUAAAAUCUGGGUGUCCAAAGGGGGACAGAUGAGACCUCUUCAAAAUACAGAGGGGCCAGAAAUAUAUAUCUACUUCUCUGGAGACCUUUGGGAUUGAGAUCGAAAGAUGGAUUUGAGAUAACAGCAGAAUUUCAGCUUUCAUUUCCAGAUAUUUUUAGGUAUUUAAAACUACUAAACCAAACUAAUAUUUUUUAAUGCUUGGUUACAUCAUAAUUAUGUACACUUUAAAAAAUUCAGAGGUUUUUAUGAUUAGUGGUUUACAGCUUCUUUAAUCAUCCCUUCUCCCACUUAACUUUUUGCACUUUUGUAUUGUAGCCAAGACUAAAUUUCAUUCUGUAAAUUAAUUUGCAGGUCUAGUCUGUGGCCCUGGACUUUAGUCAACCCUGAUUUAGAACGUCUUCGUUAAGAAUUAAGAUUUUCAUUCACUGGAACUAAGGGCCAUAAACCUGUUUUUGCAUAAAAAUGCACUAAGUGAGCACCACAAAUACAUGCAUUUCCAAGGGUUCUGCGGAAGAACCCGAGUCCAGACCACAGCUCCAGUGGAAUGAGCCAGACCCUUUUCAUCAACAUCAGUGCCUUGACCUGACCUGAAAAUCUAGUGAAAUCCUCGUCUUCUGGAAAGGCUUAUCAUAACAGCAAAAAAAAAAAAUUACAUAUGGGUAUGUUUCGUCAGGUGUCCACAUACCUUUGGCAACACAGUGCAUAUUUUACCAAAAGAAAAUUUUUUAUUCAGGAUUAUUUCUAACCUUGACUAGUUUGUCUUUCUAAAGAUAAUGUUAAGAUUCAGUUAAAAGAAACACAGUAGUAAAAAUAGUCAAUCUGCUUGAAUAUGUCUAAAACCUUGAUAGUUAAGUUCAAGUUCCUGUUACAUUGAACAAGUUUUUGGAUAUUUAACAUGGCAGAGCAAAAUGCUCCUGCACGAUCACAUGAUUAUUCCUGCCAAUUUAGUUGGCAGGAAUAAACCAGUGAUUGUUUCAGCACCAAAGAGCAGUCGAGUGAAGAUACGAUGGGUCUUGUCUUUAAACGCCAAGUGACUUUUACCUUAACCUAGACUGAUGUAGACAAACUUCCUGUUUUCUCUUAAAUAUUGGCACUAAUGAGGUUUUUCACCAAGCAGAUUAGGUUUCAAAUACUUAUCACCCCAUGUAUAUAUACACUAUAUUAUGAGCACCACUGUAUUAAGUGGCUCGUUCACCAGAAAGGAAUAACAAAGGUUGUUUUUCCAGCAGCAAACAAUGUCUACACUCAAUGGCUGAACAGAGAGCUGAAGUUCUAACCCUGGAAGCAAGUCCGUGACUGCGGGUGCAAAAAAAAACAACAAAAUAAAAUCUGCAUUUUUCUGUUCUCAGCACCACAAAGCUGAUUAUAUCGCUCAUUGAUGGCUUAAGUCACAACUGACCUGUCAAGGAAACAGAAAUGUCUUGAUAUAUAUACACAAUAUACCUUUGUUAGAGCUAAGUAAAAAUAGGACAUUAAUGGAUUAUAAAGAAUGAUUUAACUCCUAUUCAUAAUCAGCUGCAUUAACGUCAUACUGCGAAUGUGCUGAAGUGAUAGUAAGUUGUUAAGUAUGACACAGCAUGUGAAAGUUUUCUUUCAUAAAUGAUUUCAUUUCAUUCCCAAGUUAGUAAAUUGUGUUAAUAUUAGUUGGACAACAUUCUGAAAUAUCUUUUCCAUUACAAUCUUUAUAAAAAGAACUCAAAAUGUCUUUUUGUGGUAAUGUAAAUGAAACACACAGAUUUCAUCUCUUUUAUUUAUUUAUUCUUAUGUACAGUCUGAGAAAAGUUUGUCUACAGCUAUACAACUUUUUAUAAUAAUUUUUUUGUCCAAGUCAGUUCACCACUGAGCUGCUGGCACAAGAAAACACACUGAUAAUGAUUAAUGAACUCAUCAUUAAAAAGCCAGCUGGUAAAUAAAAUCACUUCAACAACUUUACUUCAGAUAAUAGAUACAAAGAGAGCAGACAUAAUUAGAAGAAAAGAAAGACAGGCAGCGAAGUGGUCAACCAAUUUAUGGUCUUUUUAAAAAUUUUUAUUUUUUUUGUCGUUUUUUUGUUUGUGUUUUUCUCUUCAACAUUUUGGUAUGUAUGUAUGUGCGUGUGUGUGUGUGUAUGUACGUGUUGAUUUCUGUUUGUAAAACCACAGAUGUCAAACUGUAAAAGAAAUGACUAACUA